AUGACGGCUGUUGCGCCUUCGCGCCAGCAGAUUCUGACGCUGUACCGCCAGCACCUGAGCGCUGCUCGCUCCUUUACCAACUACAACUUCCGCGAGUACUUUUUGCGCCGCACGCGCGACCAAUUCCGCGCGCAGCUCUUCCCUGACUCCUCGGAGGAGGCCAAGAGCCUGCAGUCGAGCGCCACGACGCUCGCCAACACCGCGACCGGCAAGACGGCGACACUGCCGUCGAUGGAGCCGCUCUCUGCCGAGGGGCUUGCCAAGUUUUACGUGGAAGCCCGCCAGGAGCUCCGUGUGCUGCAGCGCGCUGCGGUGACCAGCAUGAUGUACUCGAACAACCGCCUGGUUGUCGAGGACGAGCAAAAGAAGGACUGGAUCAUCCGUGCCCCGGCCGAGGGCCAGGGCGAGGAGACUCCGCCCACGGCCUAG